AUGCCCUCUUUUGCUCAGGCCUCGCCUGUCAGCACGAAUUUCGGCAUGGGUGCUAUGCCUGCUCAAAUGUCCUUUGGACAUGGCCAACCCAGAAAUGCUUUGCCGACACGCACAGCCCAGAAUGCUGGCCAGAGGCGGAGGGACGGUCACGAUCGAAAGCGGACCAAGGUGGAUUCCGAGGCUGCGGCACUAGAAUCGGUCGAUUACUGGAUUCAAUUCGACGAUGACGAUGAGCAAAAGCUCGGCGGUAGCUUCGAGAUCGACUUUUCUAAGCGAAGACAUCCGACCCAACAUUAUCCUAGACCACCGGCUGCGAAUCGUCUGAAUCCCAUGUCAACAACCCCGGGCUUGGGCGCUGGACUGUAUACAAACCCUGUAUUCAAGCCGGAGGACUUUAUGGACGACACCGCCCUUGACAACGCUCUCUCGGACGAUGAAGAGCUUCUGGAGUCCAUGAACCUAGGCGAUCAGCUCGGUAAGAUCGAAUCGCAACCCCCUUCCGAGGUUCCGCCGCGAGAGGGCCUUUAUUCGACGCCCCUGAGUUGGGAGAAGCCAGCGCCCGGCCUGCGGAUGAACCCUCUAUUUGGCAUGGGCGGCAUGGGAGGCAUGGGCACGCCCAUGCUCGAUCCGGAGCAGCGACGUCUGCUGGCCAUUGCCCUCAAUACCGGUCGUUCAUCAACUAGUCUAGGCGCCGGAAUGGGUUUCGGGGUUGGCGCAGACCUGGGCCCCGAGUUUGCAAGUCUCGAGAAUUUCGAUGCCGGCAUGGCGACGGCAAGCAUGGAUGAACUCGGGAGGGGCCCCGAACAGUCGGGUCUCCACAGUAAGGGGAAGGAAAAGGAGAGAGACAGUGUAGAAAAAGACUCGAAGAACCAACGGCCGCAAGUGUCUCGAACUACGACGGCUGCAACUGGGGCCUCUGAAAAGUCUAAAGACAAGGCGAAGGCUGGCGGCGACCGAACGGCACACAACGACAUUGAGAGAAAGUACCGCACCAAUCUCAAGGACAAGAUCUCCGAGCUUCGCGACGCUGUACCAUCACUCAAGUCGAUACCCGAGGAGGGAGGCGAAGACGCCGAGGUGGACAGUCAGUCGCAACGCGGGCCCAAAGUCAGCAAGGUAAGCGGUGAUGCGGCCAUUUAG